CAUACGCCGAAACAAGACAACACGACGGGCGUCGACUCCACUCCACACUCAGCUACCCCUUGAUAAUCGCUGCGCCGUCGUCGUGGACACAUCGGCGACUUGCCAUUGCAUCGCAUCGCACAUCGCAAACUCGACUCUCCACCCCACCCUUCUUCACCACGCCACCACCGUCCCAACACCCCACAGAGCGGCGGUCCACCCAGCCGCCAACACAAAAUGCUCCCCCGGGAUACCCCAUCAACACCAACGAGCGCAACCGCGCCGCGGCCCAAGUCUACAGCGCCAACAACGGCGCAGAGCACGUCGCGCCCGCCGCUCAACCACCACGCGUCGGCGGCCUCGCUGACCCGCUCGCGCGCGACCUCGCCCACGCGUGUGGUCCGCCGCGACUCGGAGCAGAGCGAGAGCUCUAGCUCGUCGGGCGACUCGGCGGCCGACGCGGCUGUGCGCGAGGCUAUUGGGGAGGAGAGGGAGCGCGGGUUGGAGGAGACGCUGGAGCAGCUGGGUUUUGGCCCGUACCAGUGGAGACUGUUCGCCCUGUGCGGCUGCGGCUGGAUGUCGGACAACGCGGCGCUCGUGUGCGUCGCUGUCAUCCUCCCGCGCGUGCGCAUACACUGGGACUUGAGCGAGAAGCUCGUUGGCGUGCUGAGCGCGAGCACCAUGGCGGGGAUGAUGGCCGGAUCGGUCGCAUGGGGCGUCGUGUCCGACCUCGCUGGCCGCGCGCUGCCGUUCAACGCGACCCUCCUCCUCACGGCCGUCUUCACCAUCUCGGCGAGCUUCAGCCCCAGCUUCCUCGUCCUCUGUUUCUGGAUGUUCUGCAUGGGCACGGCGGUUGGUGGCUCCAUGCCCACCGACGGAACCCUCUUCAUUGAGAACCUGCCCCACUCGAAGCAGUACCUCCUCACGGUUCUCUCCCUCUUCUUCAGCUUUGGCGCCGUCGUGUCCUCGCUGAUCGGGUAUGCCCUCCUCCCUGGCGCGAGCUGUAUCGCGCACGAGGGAUGCGAUAUCAAGGGCGGAGAUAACAAUGGCUGGAGACAUGUCCUGCUGGGCUUGGGGUGUAUCAACCUCCUCUGUGCGCUCUCCCGCGUCGUGCUCUUCCGCCUGCACGAGUCGCCGCGUUUCCUCGUCUCCAACGGUCGCGAGCAAGAAGCCGUGGUCGUUCUCCGCGCUAUUGCAAACUUCAAUGACAACACCAUCGACAUUCAGCGCGACGACGUCCGCCAGACGGAGCAGACGACGCUGGACCCCGUCUCCACCGCCGUCGUCGACACGAACGGCGUCGCCCGCGACCCCGAGGAGCAGCACUCGCUGAUCAACGGCCACCGCGACGAGGACGGGUUCAUUGAGAACCCUCCGCAUUACGAGGGUGUGCCCGGCGACGACAUGUACAGUGUCCCACCGUCCGAGCUCCCGUCCCCUGUCCACCACCGCCGCCGAAAGCACCACCCUCACCACCAGCAACAGUACCACGGCAGAUGGGCGUGGUUACACAAAUGGAUCGCCCAGGUCGCCCGGCUGUUUACGCCAAAGUGGCGCAGAACGGUCAUUCUCAUGUGGAUCAUCUGGGGAGCAAUGUCAUUAGCAUACACCAUGUUCAACGUCUGGCUACCAACAGUGCUCGAGAUGAAGCAGAAGGAGGGCACCGACAAGAUCAAGGGGUCGUUGAAUGACGUCGUGUUGUACGCGCUCGCGGGCUGCCCGGGCUCAGCAAUCGGCGCGUACAUGAUUCAGACCAAGCUGGGUCGCCGCAAGAGUCUGGCGCUGUGCACCCUCGCCACCUGCAUCUCAGUCUUUGCCUUCAUCCCCGUCACGGCCAAGUCGGCCAUGGUGGUGAGCUCAAUGUUCAUCUCACUCACCGGAACGGCAAUGUACGCCGUGUUGUAUGGCAUGACGCCCGAGACAUUCAACACGAGCAUCCGCGGGACAGCAUGCGGCACUGCCGCAGCCAUCUCGCGUCUCACCGGCGUCAUUGCCCCGGUUCUCGCCGGCUUCCUGCUGUCGAUCCACCACAGCUUGCCGCUGUACGUCUCUGCGAUUGUGUACAUGAUCACCGUUGGGUGUUCAUUAGGCCUUCCAAAGGGACGCAACAAGGGCAGUGGCGGCGGGGCCGUCAUGCACUAG